AUGGCCAAUCGUCAGACGAUUGAAACCAUUGAUAGGAGCUUCAGAGAUAUAAUGGAUAUUAAUGAACUCUUUGGUGGAAAAGUGAUGGUCUCCGGAGGUGAUUUUCGUCAAGUACUACCAGUAGUUCCAAAAUCUACCAGAGCUGAAACAAUAAAUGCAAGCUUGGUAAAAUCAUAUUUGUGGAAUAAAAUGGAAAAGAUUCAAUUAAUAAGAAAUAUGAGGGCAAGAGCAGAUCCAACAUUCAGCGAUUUCUUACUACGGAUCGGUAAUGGAGAGGAACCUACAAUAAGAGAUGAUAUGGUCCUUCUUCCAGAAAAAUUGAUCGUCAAACAUGAUGGUGAUAGUACUGGUGAAGAUAAUUUAAUAAGAGAAAUAUUUCCAUCUCUAGAUGAAAUGUCAAGUUGUGCAAAAUACAUGACAGAAACGACUAUCUUGGCUAGCAGAAAUGAGUAUGUUGAUCAACUAAAUGAGAUGUUAAUUGCUAAAUUUCCUGGUGAAAGCAGAACUUUUUUGAGUUUUGACUCCGCAGAGGAUGAUACCAACAACUACUACCAGGAAGAGUACUUAAAUACUUUAACACCAAGUGGCCUUCCACCACACAGGUUGGUUUUAAAGAAAAAUGCUCCGAUCAUGUUAUUAAGAAAUUUGGACCCGGAAAAUGGCUUAUGUAAUGGUACAAGAAUUAUAUGUAGAGGCUUUGACAAUAACGUCAUUCAUGCAGAAAUAAUGAUGGGCGAAAAUGCUUCCAAACAUGUGUUUAUUCCCAAAAUUCAACUUUUGCCUCCAGAAAAUGAAG